CACAAACAAUUACUUUUAUAGUCGACUAAUAUAAAAAAAAUACAUAGUUAGAAGAAAAUGAUGCAUCUAUUAUUAAAUUAGUCAUUGGUGAUUUUAAUAGUUGACAUAAUUGUGACUAGGCGACUAAUCGUGGCAGCCCUACUAUUAAACAAAACUAAUUUAAUAACCUGUAUGUUGAGAUAAAGCCCUUAAUUUCUGCAGAUAUAUACAUAGAUGGAUACUUAAAUAUCCCCAAGGGGAAACUUGUUGUGGACAUCACAAACAAAGCUGCUUCUACAAAUACACUACACAACAAUAAAUAUUAAAAUGAUAAAUAGAUACUUUAGCUUUUUAGAUGUCUUUUAUAUAAUUAAGAUAUGAGGUUGUUCCUUCAGAUUUAUCUAGUUUUAUUUGACACUAGUUUGAGUUUAUUUAGACCGCGGUCCUCUCCCUCCCCUCCCAGCAGCAACCAUGGCUCAUUUCGCCAACCACGGCCGGCUGCUGCUGCAGCGCCUCCAUCAGCAGCGGGAGAUGGACUUCCUGUGUGACAUCACCAUCAUGGUGAAGGACGUAGAGUUCAGAGCUCACCGCAACAUUCUGGCCGCCUUCAGCGAGUAUUUCUCUGCGCAGGCCGAGAAGGGGGAGGAAGUCACCAACCUAGACCCUGAGAAGGUCAGCCGCUACUCCCUGGAGAAACUGCUGGAGUUUGUUUACACGGGUCAGAUGAACCUGAGCAGCACCAGACAGGUCGCUGUGCGGCGAGCUGCUGUCUUCCUGGGAAUGUCCGAGGCAACAAAGUAUCUGGAGGAGGGUCCUCAGUGGUCCGAGCCCAGCGAUACGUCUCGUUCUGAGGUGGACAAAGAAGCCGGGGGCUCCCCUCCUAGCCCCGGCAGCCCCUCCUCCCCCCUCCCCCUGUCAAUCACCGCKGUCUGGCACGCCGCGGAGCAGGAGGGCAAAGAGCCCGAGUCCGAGCCCCGAGAUGAGGGGGCGGAGUCUGCAGACAGAAGCGAUGAAGACUACACMCCGAGGAGCGUGGGCCGGGGCCAGGGGAGGAAGAGGGGCAGGAAACCCAAGAGUUUCAGUGGCGAUCAGGUGGAGCAGGGGGGCUCCGCUGACGGGACCCCUAAAGUCCAGAGCUACAGGGGGAGGGGCAGGCCCAGGGGGCGGGGCAGAGGGCGAGGAAGAGGAGCCUCUGCUACGCCUGCAAGUGAAGAUUUACUCCAGGAGGACUCAGACUCCAGCGUGAAGGACUUCGGAGACGCCUCUGCAGACUGGAGCCCCUCCCAGGACAACGAUGACGACGACCCCCCAAACAAGAAACCCAGACUGAGCACCGGAGACGGCCGGAGGGGUGAUGAAGAGGAGGAGGAAGAGGAGGAGGAUGAGGAGGAGGAGGAAGGUGAGGUCGGGGAGCAGGACCCCACAGAGAUGGGAGAAAUGACCCUGUCCUGCAGCGAGUGUGACAAACUCUUCAAAGACAUGAGCAGCCUGCGGCGCCACGAGAAGAUCCACCGAGGACUCAAACCCUUCUCCUGCAUCUUCUGCUCCAAGACCUUCAGACAGGCCACGCAGCUCAAGACUCACCUGCGCAUUCACACAGGAGAGAAACCGUUCAGCUGCAGCAACUGUGAUAAAUGUUUUGCUCAGAAGUGUCAGCUGGUCGCUCACCGCCGGAUGCACCACGGAGAGGAGAAACCCUACACCUGUGAUCGCUGCGGGUUCAAGUUCGCCACAUCGUCCAAYUACAAAAUACACGUCAGACUCCACAGCGGAGAAAAACCCUACGUCUGUGACAUCUGCGGGCAGGCCUUCGCUCAGUCCAGCACCCUGACCUACCACAAGAGGCGGCACACCGGAGAGAAACCGUACCAGUGCGACCUGUGCGGCAUGUCGUUCUCCGUGUCCUCGUCGCUCAUCGCACACGCCAGGAAACACACGGGCGAGACUCCGUACAAAUGUCAACAAUUAAAAUGUGACGCUAAAUUUGUGACGUCGUCUGAGCUGAAGAAGCACAUGAGGCGGCUCCACCCAGACGGAAACUCGGGCGUUCAGUGUCUGCUGUGUGGAAACCGAUUCGCCAGYGUGAAGAACAUGAUCAAACAUCAGGAGAAGGCUCACGCCGACGAAGUGCGACAACACAAGGAGAGAGCCCGCGCCGUCGUGCUCCUGGCCUCCAGCCACCCCGUCACCUUCGUUCACAAUAAAAUCUCGCACGACAACAAAAGUUUGCCUUCCGUCCCUGAAGGAGGGCCGCCCAACCCCGAACCGUCGACCCCCGACCCCAAAGCCCCGGCGUCCUCCGUCAUUGACGACACAACCGCCAACGAGCAGGCUGUGGAUGAAGCUGACGUCGCCGUCAUGCAGGAGUUAAAGGCGGAGCCCUCCCACCUGCCGCUGACCACGGCCGAMCCCGUGAGCUUUGAGCCCGAUCAGGAGCAGACCAUCACCUCGGACACGCUGCACGCCCUGGUGGAGCAGCUGAGGCCGGCCGCGUCGCCCGCCUCCAGCCUGGAGCAGAUCGUCAUCAUCAGGACGGUGGACACCGCCCAGAGCCCCGCCCCUCAGCAGUGAAGGGGGCGGGGCCACGGGGUCGCCGCUGUCAGGUUCUGUAAAUAAAAACUGUAAAAAGCCUGAAGUUCAGCCGGAGUUCAUCAGAACGUGGAGCCAGUUUUUAUURAUCUGUUGGUUGUGUCGUUUAAAAUAAAACUCAAAUAAUCAGAUUAUUUUUAAA